CGCAAAUUGAGACGUCACUUCCGGAGCCGUGGUGCACGAGCCGGUGCUGUAAGUGAGGGCAGAUCUCGUUCGGACGCAUCAUGUCCUCCCUGCUGAAAGUGGAUCAGGAGCUGAAGAAGAAGGUUGAUUGUUUCCGAGAGAGGAUAACAAAUGAGGCUGAAGACCUGGUUGCAAUUUUUUUCCCAAAAAAGUUACUGGAACUGGAUGGAUUUCUUAAGGAACCUAUGCUAAAUGUUCAAGACCUUUCCCAAAUCCAUUGCGAAAUUAAUUUGCCAGUUCCAGAUCCCAUUCUUCUGUCCAACAGUCAUGAUGGAAUUGAUACUCCAACUCUUAAGAAGAGAAAACUGGAAGAUGGAGAAGACUGUUCAGGGACUAAAAUUUUUGCCAUGCCUAAUGGAAUGCUGAAGAGUAACGCCCCCCUUGUUGAGAUCAUUGAAAGAGUAAAACCUGAGAUAAGGCUACUCAUAGAGAAAUGUAACACGGUAAAAAUGUGGGUUCAACUCUUAAUUCCAAGGAUAGAAGAUGGAAACAAUUUUGGCGUUUCAAUCCAGGAAGAGACUGUGGCAGAGUUGCGGACAGUAGAGAGUGAAGCGGCUUCUUACCUAGAUCAGAUUUCCAGAUAUUACAUUACCCGGGCAAAACUUGUUUCUAAAAUAGCAAAGUAUCCUCAUGUGGAAGAUUAUCGACGUACGGUGACAGAAAUAGACGAAAAGGAAUAUAUUAGUUUACGACUAAUUAUAUCAGAACUGAGGAACCAAUAUGUGACAUUGCACGACAUGAUCCUCAAAAACAUUGAGAAAAUCAAGAGGCCCAGAAACAGCAAUGCUGAAACUCUCUACUAACCAGCGCGUCCUCAUAAUCCCCUCUCAAAUUUUUAGUUCUAUAUUAUUAUUUUUUUUCUUCUUUGAACAUAAAAGGAGUAAAGACCAUCAUUGCCUUGUUUGAACUUCUGACAUCCGUACCACCAAGAAGGGAAAGAGACUGGCCUGGAAAUCAGUGUGCAGGUUUUUAAUCGUAUUAAACUGCUCCCCC